GGACGGGUUUUUCGGUAGUCCCGGUUUUUCUUUCGCCGUCCUCUGAUUGUCUUGGAAAAUAUCUUCUUGUGCAUGUGUGCGUGUUUGUGUGCUCCCUUUAAGUUUAUAAAAAGAAGUUGAAAAGUGUUUGCUGUGGCAGCACCAGAAGCAACAACAACAACAGAAAUUGUGUAGUGUUUGUUGUUUUCUUGUGUAUAACAGAAAAUGUUGUAUUAAAAGUGCAAGGAAUUGGAGUGGGAGCUGUGCCAUAGCGUGGGCACAGAUAAGCUGCAGCUAGAGAAUCGAGGCAAAAUGAGUGCUCAGCACUCAUAGGAAGGAAGUUAAGGAAGACUUAUCCACGUGGUCUACAUUCUGUAAAGGAAAUCGAACGAAAGCUGAUUAAGAAACGGAGCCGGAAGCGCUCUAGUGGAACACGACCUCAAGCCCCAAGACAGACAGCCAACGAGUGAGGCAAACACCCAACGGGAGAGAGAGAGAGAGCGCGCAAGGGAGAGUGGGAAAGCGUGUGUGAGCGAGAUCGAGCAAGAUCUUGAGAGCAUACGCGAUGUCGCUUCGCAGCGGCCUUAUCGCGCUUUUCUUUGUGCUCGCCGUGCUCCAGCAGCUGGAGGCGCAGCGUUUGCCACAGUCGCAGCAGCAGCACGGACGUCGCGAUCGCCCGCGCAAUCCGCCACGGCAAUAUGUUAAGACACAUCCGUGUGAGCGUUCCUCCUGCUAUCCGGCAACGGGUAAUCUGCUGAUUGGACGCGAGAAUCGUUUGACGGCCAGCUCCACGUGCGGUUUGCAAUCGCCGGAGCGUUUCUGCAUUUUAUCGCAUCUGGAGGAUAAGAAGUGUUUCCUGUGCGAUUCACGGGACGAGACGCGCAACGAUCCGUACAAGAAUCAUCGCAUUGGACAGAUCAUCUAUAAGACCAAGCCGGGCACCAAUAUCCCCACCUGGUGGCAGUCGGAGAAUGGCAAAGAGAAUGUCACAUUGCAACUGGAUUUGGAAGCGGAAUUUCACUUUACCCAUUUGAUCAUCACCUUCACCACGUUCCGGCCGGCGGCUAUGUACAUCGAGCGUAGCUUUGACUUUGGCAAAACGUGGCAUGUGUAUCGUUACUUUGCCUACGAUUGCGCCGAAUCAUUUCCAGGCGUGACCACGAUUCUGCAUAACAUCACCGACGUGAUGUGCACAUCGCGCUACUCCUAUGUGGAGCCAUCGCGCAACGGCGAAGUCAUCUUCCGUGUGCUGCCGCCGAAUAUCAAUGUGUCCGAUCCGUAUGCGGAGCACGUGCAGAACCAACUGAAGAUGACGAAUCUGCGCAUCCAGAUGACCAAGCUGCACAAGCUGGGCGACAAUCUGCUCGACAAUCGUCUAGAGAACGAGGAGAAGUACUACUAUGGCAUCUCGAAUAUGGUGGUGCGUGGCUCGUGCUCCUGCUACGGCCAUGCGUCACAGUGUUUGCCACUGGACGAUGUUACCCAGGACUAUGAGAUGGUCCACGGACGCUGCGAGUGCACGCACAAUACAAAGGGUCUGAACUGUGAGACCUGCGAGGACUUCUACAACGAUCUGCCCUGGAAGCCGGCCUUUGGCAAGCAAACGAACGCCUGCAAGAAGUGCGAAUGCAAUGGACACGCCGUCAGCUGUCACUUCGAUGAGGCUGUGUAUAUGGCCUCGGGUCAAGUCUCGGGCGGUUUCUGUGACAAUUGCUUGCACAAUACGCAAGGUCAGCAUUGUGAGGAGUGCAUGGCCUUCUUCUAUCGCGAUCCUGCCGAGCAACUGAGCAGCCCCAAUGUGUGCAGGCCCUGCGACUGUGAUCCCGAUGGCUCCUUGGAUGAUGGUAUUUGCGAUUCGGUCAAUGAUCCCGAAAAUGGCGUCGAGGCAGGCGCCUGCCAUUGCAAGCCGAAUGUCAAGGGACGGCGUUGCGAUAGAUGCAAGGAUGGCUUCUGGAAUCUGGAUCCCAAUAAUCCCGAAGGCUGUGAGGCCUGCACCUGCAAUACGCUCGGCACUGUCAACAAUUCGGGUUGCAAUAUGCGCACCGGGGAAUGCCAAUGCAAGCGCCUGGUCACCGGCAAAGACUGCAAUCAGUGUCAGCCGGAAACAUUUGGCCUCUCCGAAUCGGAAGAUGGCUGCACGCUCUGCAAUUGCGAUACGGGCGGCUCCUAUGACAACUAUUGCGAUGUGUUGACGGGCCAGUGUCGCUGUCGCUCUCACAUGACCGGACGCACUUGCUCGCAGCCAAAACAGAACUAUUAUAUACCCGAUCUGCAUGUUGUGCACGAUGCCGAGGUGGCCGACAUGUGCAUCUCCUACAGUAACAAUGUCAAUUGCAGCAACGUGCCACAGGUGCCGCCCUCUGGCCAUGCUCCAGACUUUACGGGCAUCGGCUUUACGCGUGUGCCCGAAAACUCCGAGAUGAUCAUAACUGUGGAUGAUAUACCACGUUCUAUGCCCUACGAUGUGGUAAUACGUUAUCAGAGCACGUCUCGCAACGACUGGGAAGGUGCCUACAUAACGCUGGUGCGUCCAGAUGAGAUUGAUCCGCAGGGCGAAUGCGCUCAGGCCAUACAGUCACCCAUAACGGAAGCACGCGUCCCAUUCACGUUUCCCGAACGCGAUCGCCAGGUGGUAGCUCUGCACGAUGUCUGCCUAGAGGCGGGUAAGGUCUAUAAGUUCCGCAUCUUUUUCGAGCGCAGGCGCCACAACGAGGACAAUCCGACAGCCACCAUAUUGGUGGACUCACUGACACUGAUACCACGCAUCGAGGUGACACCCAUCUUCCAUGGAUCGCCCGUGGCCGAUCUGCGUCUGCGCGAAUACAUCAACAUGAACUGCAAUCAAUCGCUGUACGAUAUGCGCUACAAGGAUCACACCUCGGCUAUAUGUCGCAGCCUGGAGCAGGACGCCAGCAAGUAUAUCAAUAACGGCGCCAGAAUGUGCAAUUGCAAUCCCACUGGCUCGCUGAGCAAGGAGUGCGAAGCCAACGGCGGCUUCUGUCAGUGCAAACCGAACGUUGUGGGCAGACAGUGCGAUCAAUGUGCCCCGGGCACCUACGGCUUUGGCCCGGAGGGUUGUCAGUCCUGCGAUUGCAACAGCAUUGGCAGCAAGGACAACAAUUGCGAUCUGCUGACGGGCCAGUGCGCCUGCCAUCCGAACACCUAUGGACGCGAGUGCAAUCAAUGCCAGCCGGGCUAUUGGAACUUCCCCGCCUGCCGUGUCUGCGAGUGCAAUGGCCAUGCGUCCGUGUGUGAUGCGCUAACUGGACAGUGCAUCAAUUGUUUGGACUCUACGGAUGGCUUCAACUGUGACACCUGCUUGGAUGGCUACUACGGUGAUCCGUUGCUGGGCAGCGAGAUUGGCUGUCGUGCCUGCCGCUGUCCGGACACCAUUGCGAGUGGCCUGUCGCAUGCCGAUGGCUGCUCCUUGGACACGCGCAACAACAAUAUGCAGUGCAACUGCCAGGACGGCUAUGCGGGCGCACGCUGUGAGAUCUGUGCGGACAAUUACUUCGGCAAUCCGGAGGCUGGGGGCAGCUGCUCCAAGUGCCAGUGCAGCAACAACAUCGAUGUCUACGAAACGGGCAAUUGCGAUCGUCAGACAGGCGCCUGCCUCAAGUGCUUGUACGACACGACAGGCGAUCAUUGUGAGCUUUGCCGCGAUGGCUAUCACGGCGAUGCACUGCAGCAGAAUUGCCGACCAUGCGAAUGCGACUUCCUGGGCACCAACAAGUCGCUUGCGCACUGCGAUCGCUUCACGGGUCAGUGUCCGUGCCUGCCCAAUGUUCAGGGACUGUUGUGCAACCAGUGCGCGCUGAAUCACUGGAAGAUCGGCUCUGGCGAGGGCUGUGAGCCGUGCAAUUGCGAUGCAAUUGGCGCUGUGCAGGAACAGUGUCACACCUUCACAGGCCAGUGCGAAUGCAAGCCCGGCUUUGGCGGACGUGCGUGCAAUCAGUGCCAGGAGCACUUCUGGGGCAAUCCCAACGAGAAGUGCCAGCCCUGUGAAUGCGAUCAGUUUGGAUCCGCCGACUAUCAGUGCGAUCGGGAGACGGGUCAAUGCGUCUGUCACGAGGGCAUCGGCGGCUACAAGUGCAAUGAGUGCGCUCGUGGCUAUCUGGGUCAGUUCCCGCAUUGCGCUCCAUGUGGCGAAUGCUUCAACAACUGGGACAUAAUACUGAAGGCCUUGGAUGAGUCCACGCAGGCGACCAUACAGCGUGCCAAGGAGAUCAAACAGGUCGGCGCAACGGGCGCCUACACCACCGAGUUCAGUGAGCUGGACAAGAAGCUCCAGCACGUACGAGAUCUGUUGCAGAACACAUCGGUCAGUCUACAGGAUAUUGAUCAGUUGGAUACUGCUGCCAACGCACUGAAGCAACAGCUGGUCAACUCGCAUCAGCGACUCAGCGAAACGGAAGUCAAACUGGAUGAGAUUUACAACUCGCUCAGUGUGUCCGCCGUGGAGCUGGAGGGCUUGCAGAAUCAUUCGCGUCUCGUGCAGCAGUUGUCCCGUGAACUGAAAGAGAAUGGCAUUGAGCUGCAGGAGUCCAACAUUGAGGGUGCACUCAAUCUAACCCGUCAUGCUUACCAGCGUGUGAGCGGCCUGUCAGCUCUCAAGGAUGAGGCCUCGGAGCUGGCGUCCAACACAGAGCGCAACUGCAAGCGCGUCGAGACGCUGACCAACAAGAUUAAGGACGAAGGCGAUGCCAUUGCGAAUAAUGAUAAGACCAUAGCCGAUUAUCGUGCAGAGCUGAGUGGAUUGACCUCCCAAAUUCCAGAUCUAAACAAUCAGGUGUGCGGCAAGCCGGGCGAUCCCUGCGACAAUCUCUGUGGCGGUGCUGGUUGUGGCAAAUGCGGCGGCUUCCUCUCCUGCGAGAAUGGCGCACGUGCUCAUUCCGAGGAGGCGCUUAAGCUGGCCAAGAAUACAGAGGCGGCCAUAACUAGCAAAAAGGAUGCAGCGGAUCAGACCAUACGCGCCCUAACACAGGCCAAACUGAAUGCCUCUGAGGCGCACCAGAAGGCUCAGCUUGGAUUUGUGAAAUCCGAGCGCUAUUUGAACCAAACAGAUGAGAGCAUCAAGCUGGCCGUCAAACUUUUCGAAGAGGUCAACGACUUUUUGCAGAAUAAAACGGCGCUUCCCGCCGAGAGUAAGCAAUUGGCACAGGACACACUGCAGCUGGACCUAACGCUCGACCCCAAAGAGAUCGAGUCACUGGGUGUGAAGAUCAACGAUGCUGUCUCCUCGCUGAAGAACGUCGAAGCGAUUAUAUACAAAACACGACCCGAUCUAAAUAACGUCAACGACCUACAGACCACGGCCAACAACACCAAAGCGACGGCUAACGAGAUAUUGGAGGAGGCCAAUUUGGUGGUCCAGAAUCUGGUAUCCGCUAGCGAGUCUCAAGGCAAGGCACAGAAUGCCAUACAGCAGGCAAAUAGCAACAUUGAGCUCGCCGACAAGGAUCUGGAGCAAAUUGAUCUGGAGACCAAAGAGGCCGAAGCGCCUGCAAACAAAACUGCACAGCAGGUCGAGAAUUUAGCCCGCAAGGUGCAGCAUCUACAGAAGAAUAUACUGAAAAACGAAAUGGAUGCACAGCAGAUCACCGAGCAGGCGAAUCGCGUCAAGCAGGAGGCGAUCCGUGCACGCGGCGAGGCCAGCAAUCUCCAGUUUUCGACAAGUGCCACCAAUCAAACGCUCACGGAUCGCGCCAAUCGAUCCGAGCAUGCGCGAGAGCGCGCCAAGCUUCUGCUGCAGCGCGCCUCCAAGCUGACGGUGGACACCAAUGAGAAACUCAACGAGCUCAAUAUGCUGCAGAAUACCUAUGUGGAUAAGAACAAACAGCUGGAAAAACUGGAAAUGUCCAUACAGCCGCUCAACGAUCAGCUCAACAUCUAUCUGCGUAACAUUCAGGAAAAUGCCGAUCGUUUCCGACAGUGCACAGUUUAAAGAGUUGCGAGCCCAGCGGCCAGCUCAACCAUUGCCAUAUUUUAUGAACAAAUGCGUAAUGCAGCAUCAGCAGCAUCAUCAACAACAAAGGCAACAAGUUAUUUCUAUUUAACGCUGUUAAGUGUAACCGUUACGUUUUGUACUAUAAGCAAUCAAUGUUAAAUGCAAUAUUCAAUUCAAAUUUAUGUCAUUUUUAUUGAGCUAAGUUUUUCUUAAUCCUACAUAAAUACACAGAAAGAAAUGAAUACAUUAUUUUUGUAAUGCGACAAACUAAAUGAAAA